GGCGUCGGAGAUGCAGGCGACGGCCGCAUCCUUCCUCGCCCGCCCGCUCCCGCGGCCCAAUCGCAUUGGCGGGGGAAGAUAUGGGGUGGCGGCGGUGCGCGGAGGCGUCUCAGCGCUGCCGCCGCGCCUGCGGGUGGUGCGGUGCUCUAUGAGCCUCUCUAUCGGCGCCGGUUCCAGCGACGCCGGAGACAGGGGGUUCAGCUACCAGUAUGCUCCUGUCUUCCGAAGGUACCGUGAGCGGGAUCCCUACAAGCUUCUUGGUGUUGAUCGUGAUGCAUCGGAAGAAGAGAUAAGGAGUGCAAAAAACUUUCUAAUUCAACAGUAUGCUGGGCACGAAGCAAGCGAAGAAGCUAUUGAAGGUGCUUAUGAGAAGAUAAUAAUGAAGAGCUACCAGCAUCGGAAGAAAACAAAAAUUAAUCUUAAGACCAAGCUAUUGAAGCGAGUCGAAGAAUCCCCGUCAUGGGUUAAGGCUUUGCUUGGAUACUUUGAAGUGCCAUCAAUGGAUAUUAUUUCCAAAAGAUUGUUCUUUUUUGCCUUCAUCGCCGGAUGGAGCAUAGCGACUUCUGCUGAGAAUGGACCUGCAUUCCAGCUUGCGAUAUCACUCUUCUCGUGCAUAUACUUCCUUAAUGACAAGAUGAAGAACCUUCUCAGAGCCUCCACCACUGGGUUCGGAGUACUUGUCGGUGGCUGGAUCAUUGGUUCAAUGUUGGUCCCUCUUAUUCCAACAUUUAUCAUCCCACCUACAUGGUCCCUUGAGCUUCUUACCUCGUUGGUUGCAUAUGUUUUCUUGUUCCUGGGGUCCACUUACCUCAAAUGAAACCCCACCAAUCUUGUAACCUGGAACUGUAGAAUCGUUGGGAAAUUUUGGCAGUCUCUGAUAUCAUCUACUCUUUGUUUCGGGAAUUAGGUGAAUUAACUGACGGUGCUCUUGAAUCCUCUGUUCAGCUCGUAUGCUCUUGCGGUAUAGCUUUUGUACGACGGUUCCCUCUACUCAUUUGGUUAGCUUAUUGUUCACAUGGGUGCUGUUUCAUUUUAGCCCCUGUGCUGCAAGCGAACCAUUCUAUGGAUUGUCUGGAGCUUAGAUACUGGUGCUGUCAGAUUGUUAUUGUAUCCUGGAGUUAGAAUAUCUGCAUGUAUAUGCUGUAGCAAGAUUUUUUGCAUCUAUUUUGUAUGUCUGGUGCAACUUGAAAGAAGCAUCUACUUGUAGCAGGAUUAUCCCCAACAUGUUAUGCACUGAUGAUAUAUUUGCUCCAA